AUGAAGGGCGUGAAGCCCCCGACCACCGCAGAAGCCUCCGAUAGUACGCGAUUCUAUGGAAUUCAACGCGGGCGGGUGCCCGGGGUGUACACCGAUUGGGCCAAAGCACAAGAACAGAUCCGCGGCGUCCAGCGACCUCGGUAUCGCAAGUUCUCCACACGCAAAGAGGCCGAGGAAUUCGUGCGUGAAGGGCGCAAAGAGGGCGCUUCAUUCGGCGUGGAGGGCCCAUCCGCGCCCAGCGGCACCAUGACUGACACACCAAAAACCGCCGACGGGGUGGAGUUCGCCCCGGGCGAUGCACCCUUACCCCCAGGGGCCGAGGAUGGGUUUGACCCCAAUAUACUCUUGGACCCGACGACUGGCAAAGUGGUGUACAAGACGGCGCCCCAGAAAGAAGCGACCAAGCCUCAGACCACGGGGAUCCCGGGCACGCUGCGCAUAUACACCGAUGGAAGCUCAUUACGAAAUGGAACCCCGCUAGCCUCAGCUGGAGUCGGGGUAUACUUUGGCCCUGGCGAUACCAGCAGAAAUGUCUCCGAGCCACUCAAAGGCAGUCGUCAGACCAACCAGCGUGCCGAGUUGACGGCGAUCCUUCGAGCGAUCGACAUUGCCCCUAGGCAUCGCCAUGUCACCAUUGUCACGGAUAGUCGAUAUGCGAUUGACUGCGUGACGGUGUGGUUCGUCAAUUGGCGGCGCAACAACUGGAUGACCCGCGACAAGAAACCGGUCGAAAAUAAAGACCUGGUGGAGUCGAUCCUGGUCAAGAUCGAGGAGCGCAAUGACCUCAAGGUUCGAACGGUGUUUGAAUGGGUGAAGGGCCACAACAAGGAUCAUGGGAAUGAAGAGGCCGACAAAUUGGCCGUCAAUGGCGCCCAACGCGGUGUCUCUGCAAAGGCCGAGGCACUGGAGGUUGCCCAACAUGUGCCCGACGAGGUUUUUGACGAAGAUUUUUAA